AUGACCACUCCAGCACCUCCUUCAAUUCAUGUCAACGGCCUGCUCGAGCUUGAUGUUGACGACCAUAUGUCGUUGGUCUCAGCAUGGAUAACACCAACUUUGCCCUCUCCAGAGACUAUCCCGGAAAAUGACAACAUCCAGGACUAUCUGGACAAAAGGCUUCAUCGACACGCAGUUGUCGAUCCAUUUGAUACCACCGAAACCUAUCGAUCGUUUUGGCCAAGAAGACUCUUUCAAUAUCUUUUCGAUCGACAGGCCGUUUCUGGCGUCAUCAAGGAGCUUAUCGACGAAGGCGCACUACAGGUCAAACGUAGUGAAACGGAAGCCGAGUGUCGCGAGUCUUGGACAGAGAAGGUCUGCGGUGGUGGUGUAGAUGGUCGAGGAUAUCGGCUCAUACUAGCCAUACUGAUUUUUCUCGACAUGGCUAGGGACCUCGGAAGCUUUGUAGAUGAGGGUAUUGACGAUUCUAGGUUGCCAUUGACGCAGAGUCUGAUCGAUAGUUAUCAGUCAGGGGAAAGCAAAACUUCUGCUAGGCCCUUCCAAAAGUGGCGUAUCCGGUGCAUCAAGGAUUUCUACGACUAUCAAUACCGCCUCUUGAUUCCCAUCCUAAUGAAGACAGACGUUCCUGGAGAGGUAUCACACUAUGACUUCAUGGCCAAACAAAUCGUUCCCUGGAUUGCCAUACAAAACAGAAUUCCAGAAUCGUCGACCGAUGGACCAACCAUCACUCUAGGUGGUGGCUUUGGCGAGGUCAAGCAGAUUGUGAUCCAUGCCUGGCAACAUCACUUUGACGAAACCCUCAAGAAUCUCUCGGCAAGCCCUAGCUGCUUCGCACUCAAGCGACUGUACAUCUCGGACAAGCAAGAAUUUGAACAAGAAGUGAAACACUUGAAGCGUUUCGGGGGUCGGCAUCCUCACAUUGUGACGUUGCUUGCUACCUUUGCCCGGGAAACAGCUGGUGAGACCGAAUACUCUCUCCUGUUUCCUUGGGCCGAUUGCGAUUUAUUGGAGUUUUGGCGCCGGAAAACAAGUCUUGCGAGAGACCAUCAGCUGUGCAAGUGGAUCGCAAGGCAAUUGCUUGGUAUCACCGACGCGCUCCAGUUCAUACACGACCCCAAAGUGUUGGACGCAGACGGCAAUCGGCUCUACGGUAGACAUGGAGACAUCAAACCCGAGAAUAUUCUCUGGUUCAGUUCACCCUAUGAUCGAGGGAACUUGGUUCUCUCUGACCUUGGCUUGACCAGAACCCACCGAAUAGAAUCGCGAUCGAACAGGCCAGGAGCGCAGAUCCCAGUCUCUCCAAACUAUAGACCUCCAGAAUGUGAUAUUGAUGGCAACGAUGGUCGCAUUUCCAGAUCCUUUGACAUAUGGACACUAGGUUGUCUUUUCCUCGAAUUUGUGGUCUGGGCCCUGGAAGGCUGGGAAGGGUACUGCCGUUUCAAGGAUAGCCGCAUGUCGCCAUACAUCCAUGGCCACGAUACGCCAGUGUAUUUUGAUAUCGUCCAGGUCAAGGAUGGCAAUCAAGAGACUGAGGGACGAAGAAAGCUCGUUUACGCUGUGGAUAUCAAGGAGAGUGUGACUAGGGUGAGUGCAGGUGUCUUUCCACAUAUUGUCGCGGACCCUCCUUAA